ACUUGUCCGUCGUGUUCUCUUGUCGUUAAAGUGAUUUACGACAAGGAAGCUUUUGCUAAAAACGCAGAAGAAGUUUCCAGGAAAGAGGAUACACAGCAGGCGAAACAAACUGCAUAGGUAAUAACUGGUUAAGGAUUCAAAACUCAGAAUGGCAGGUCGAGGAAGAGGGAGAGGCAAACCAGCGAUCUCCAUGUCGACAGACCAAUUAGGUAUUACAAAGGAGACACAACCUGCUCAAGUUUUGCAUCCACCUCCAAAAUUCCCACCCUUACUCUAUAAACCGAUUCCAUUCGGUAUUACUACCGAAUUAAGUUAUCUAUUUGAAUUAAAAAGGGAUUACGCUGAGACCAUGAGAGAAUCCGAAUACAACGUCCAACCAAUUGUCAUAAAAAAGGACAUAGAACGUUAUUCAGAUCGCUAUCUGGCGAUGGACACGACUGGUUACGAAUCAAGAUAUGAUUGGACAAGAAUGCCAGCAGAGUUGAAACCUUUUGGCAAGAAGCGCAAGGCCGCGGACAAGAAUGGCACUUCCAAGAAAAAGAGAAAAGAAGUGAAUAUUGAAGAAAAGUUAAAAGAACUCGAGAAGAAAGAAACUAAUCAGCUGUCCGAUGUUGAGGAAGAUGCUAAGGAAGAGGAAGAGACUGAAGAGAAAGAUCCUGACGAAGUCGUGGAAGAUGAUGAGGAGGAUGUUGAUGAGGAAAUGGACGAUGGGACCGAUUAUGUUAAUAAUUAUUUCGAUAAUGGGGAAGGCUAUGAUGAAGAAGAGGAUAAUAUGGACGAUGGACCUGUAUAUUGAGGGUAUCGUUUUAGCCUUUUUCUUCGGACUGGCGAUGGCAGAACUGCCUCCGUAUGUAGCUCGGGGAUGGCGUCCGCAUGGGCAAUCCUUUAAUCCGAGCAAAAAUCAAUUAGAAUCAU